AUGGGGAAAUAUUUCCACCUGUAUGAGAACAUUUCUAAGGUGAGUCCCUUUGAGGGGCCCCAAUAUUACCUGGCCCCUCAGUGGGCCUUUCACCUGCAAACCGUCUUUAUGGGCCUCGUCCUUUUUGCUGGAACUCCUUUAAACUUUAUCGUUCUACUUGUGACGCUCAAGUACAAGAAGCUCCGAGUCCCUCUCAACUACAUCCUCGUCAAUAUCUCCUUGGCAGGAUUCAUCUUCGUCGUUUUUUCCGUCAGCCAGGUGUUCGUCGCCACCAUGAAGGGUUGGUACUUCCUGGGUCACACUUUGUGUGCUAUGGAGGCUGCCAUGGGUUCGAUAGCAGGUCUGGUGACGUCCUGGUCUUUGGCCGUCCUGUCUUUUGAGAGAUACCUCGUCAUUUGUAAACCAUUUGGAGCCUUUAAAUUCAGCAGUAAUCACGCUCUGGCUGCUGUCGUCUUCACCUGGUUCAUGGGUAUCAGCUGUGCCAUCCCACCUUUCUUUGGUUGGAGCAGGUACAUCCCUGAGGGUCUGGGCUGCUCCUGUGGGCCUGACUGGUACACUCACAACGAGGAAUUUAACUGCAGCAGCUACACAAACUUCCUGAUGGUGACCUGCUUCAUCUCUCCGCUAUCCAUCAUCAUCUUCUCCUACUCCCAGUUACUGAGCGCCCUAAGAGCUGUUGCAGCCCAGCAGACUGAGUCAGUCUCCACCCAGAAGGCGGAGAAGGAAGUAUCAAGGAUGAUUAUCGUGAUGGUGGGUUCCUUCAUCACCUGUUAUGGUCCGUAUGCUCUCGCUGCUCUUUACUUCGCCUACUCUUCAGAUGAAAACAAAGAUUAUCGACUUGUCACUAUCCCGGCUUUUUUCUCCAAGAGCUCAUGUGUCUACAACCCACUCAUCUACGCCUUCAUGAACAAACAGUUUAACGCUUGCAUAAUGGAAACAGUCUUUGGAAAGAAAAUGGAUGAAUCAUCUGAAGUUUCUUCAAAGACAGAAACAUCUUCAGUUUCCACAGUUUCUUAA